AUGGCUGAGCUUCGACCAUUGGAUGGAGAUCCUCCACUGCUUUUCUUGUUGCCACUGGUCGAUGGUACUUAUACUGGUAAUGAACUGGCAAUAAAAUUGAAAUAUUUUCAUACUGGUAGCAAUCUUAAGUCUAUAAAGUAUCGGAUUGAUGAGCUUAACGAACAUACUUUUACAUACAAAUACACAUUGAUCGAAGGUGAAGCGUUGAUAGAGAAGCUUGAAAAGAUAACUUAUGAGGUGAAGUUUCAGCAAUCAGCUAGUGGUUCUAUCUCUAAGGUGACCAGCAAAUACUACAUUGAAGGUGAUUUCAAGCUGAAUGAGUCAGAGCAGGCAAGGAAAAGGGGUUGGCUAUGUACAAAGCACUGGAGGCCUGUCUCCUUCCUUCAGAGUCUCAAUGGCUACGCUUAA